AUGACAACGUGGACAUAUUGCUCCUUCUGCGUAGCUUCAGCAUCGGGCGUUACUGCCACAGCUCUCUUCUUUCUCUUGCCUCUCCUUCCUGGUCGCUGUUUCUUUCCCUGCCUGGGCAAGGUAGAUACGGAGGGCCGCCACUUCCGCCAGGGCCGCUUGAUGGACGACUCAUCAGACGAAGAGCUCUUCAGCACCGGUAUCAAUGCCUUGCCCCGUGAUGUCAUUUUCGACGAUGUCGCCAACAGCAAGUACGGACGCAACGACGCUCUAUCCCCGGUGGACCACUUCCCUCCCGGUGUCAGCACAAAGGCAAUACCAAAUGUAAUCCGCUUCAUAAACCGCUACGACAAGUCAGAGGCCCUCAUUUAUACCGACGGAGCCUGCCUCGACAACGGCGCCGCAAAGGCCCGCGGCGGCUGUGCAUUCGUCUUCAAGCCCACUUAUUCUGAGAAGGAGUCCGGUGUGGUCUCUUUGCGCCUCGAGGACCAGGGUCCGGGUGGCGAGGUUUACCAACACACCAGCAACCGCGCCGAACUGCGUGCCGUCAUCGCCGCAGUGCGGUUCCGCGAAUGGUACGGUGAGGGCUUCAAAAGUAUCGUCAUCGCUACGGACUCAACGUAUGUCGUCAAUGGUGCCACGGACUGGGUGCGUGCAUGGAUGCGCAAGGACUGGCAUUUGAGUACCGGCGGCCGCGUCAAGAAUCGUGACCUAUGGGAGACGCUUCUGCUCAGGAUCGAGCAGCUGAAGGCUAGGGGCAUGCAGGUUCGGUUCUGGAGAAUCCCGCGCCAGUGGAACGGCGAGGCAGAUAGGGCGGCCAAGGACGCUGCCGCCAAUCUCCCGGUGUCUGAGAAGUUUUGCGACGUCCAUGGUAUUCUUUGCUAA